GUCAUCCAUCACAAUCCGUCAAUAUGGUCGUUCAUUAGAUAAGUCGUGGAGUGGUUGUAGAAAAAAAAUAUAUAAAAAAAUCGAUGUCAGUUUCCGCGGAUUUUGUUCAAAGAUGGGAAAUAAUUGUGUAGUGUAAUUGGAGAUACAGUGAAUAGACUGAUUUGAGAGUUGACUUUAAUAAAAUCGUGACAAAAGUGAGGUUAAUCGAAACAUUUUCAGACUUGGAUUAUUACAAAUAAAACUCAAGCUCUUUUCGCGAUCGUUCAGGACUGAGAUUAAUAAGCCAGUCGCAACAGAUUGUUGCUCAUGUCUUAAAUAAAUGACUCAGUUGACUCUGUCAGUCGAGAAGAUUUGUAUCUCUGCACCAACACCGUCAUCUUCAUCCGCACCUUCGUCACCUACUUUAUCUUCUUCAUUCAUUUCUCCGCCUCUCCUAAAAGUUAACGUUAUGGGAGAUCAUCAAACUGGCAAUAAAUAUCCCUCCGAAUAUGUCAAACUUAACAUUGGCGGAUCUUUGCAUUAUACGACAAUAACCACUCUCAGAAAACAUGACACAAUGUUACGUGCAAUGUUCAGUGGUCGGAUGGAAGUCCUUACUGAUUCUGAAGGUUGGAUACUAAUCGACCGCUGUGGAAAACAUUUUGGCACAAUUCUGAAUUUCCUGAGGGAUGGUUCAGUGCCUCUGCCAGAGAGUACAAAAGAAAUGGCUGAGCUUCUUGCCGAGGCAAAGUAUUACUGCGUGAGCGAACUGGCGGAAUCGUGUGAACAAGCGCUCCAAAAAAAGGAGCGGGAAACGGAGCCCAUAUGUAGAGUCCCUCUAAUUACCUCUCAACGAGAGGAGCAAUUAUUAAUUAGUAAUACCACAAAACCCGUGGUGAAAUUGCUUGUAAAUAGACACAAUAACAAAUAUUCCUACACAAGUACGUCAGAUGACAAUUUAUUAAAAAACAUAGAACUGUUUGAUAAGAUGUCCCUUCGAUUUAGUGGGAGAGUUCUAUUUAUCAAAGAUGUUAUCGGAUCAAGUGAAAUUUGCUGCUGGACGUUUUACGGUCAUGGUCGCAAAGUAGCUGAAGUUUGUUGUCACUCUAUUGUCUACGCAACUGACAAAAAACAUACAAAGGUCGAGUUUCCGGAAGCGCGAAUUUACGAGGAAACUCUGAACAUUUUGCUCUACGAGCACCGGAACGGUCCGGAUCAAGAACUGAUGCAAGCCACGUCGUCGAGAGGUGCAGUUCAAGGUGGAGCGCCACCCUGCACAUCCGACGAAGAGGAAGGCGAGCGAUCAGGUCUUGCUCGCCUUCGCUCCAACAAACAAAACACCAACUGACCCAUCCGCGCAUUUCUUCCCCCCUCCCAUCCCGCAUUUCGGAGUGUCGUCCGUACCCUCAAAACGCGAGCCAACCUCAAAUAGCUAAUCCUAUUCAAUUAAAACAGGGUGUCUACUCAACUGGAAAACCGGGAAUUUUUCAUAAAUGUACCCGAAAAAGUUUGGAAGUGGCAGGGAAAUUUUUUCGAGCCUACUCAAUUAAGACACCCUGCAAAACUACUUCAGUCCGAUACUCACGUGGAAUCAUUGUCACAACUUCCAAACAAUACAAUUUUGACGGAUUGUAAGUACUGAUUAUUAAGUAGAGAACAAUAAAAACAAAGUCUUAUUUUGUAAGCUCGAAAUUUGUCCGCAUUCUAAGACUUUGUUUUUGCCGUGUUUAUCGAGAAGUAUAUGUUGUGAGUAUGUGGUUCACAAUUACAUGAUUGUAAAAAAGUCUCAUCAUAAAUUCCAUUUUUUCUGUAAGAGCAAAGAGUACCAAAGAAAAUCGAAUUGGCUCUAAGAGGUCAAAUUUACAAAUUCUUAGGUUUACAUCUGACAUGACAAUGGCACAGAUUGAAAAUUUUGAACUCUUUUCAGGGAAUUUUCCUUUGAACUUGAUUCACGUUCCUCUUUCGGAUUUCUGGUGUCAAAUAAACAUACUUAAACAUAAACCAGUGGUAAGCCGAAGCCAUCAGUCGAAAUUUUAGGUUUCUACUCUCUGGCAAUUUUUAAAUAAAUUUUCAUAACAAUGGGAAUUAAAAGUUGUUAGCUGCAUUCCUCGUAUUUGAAAAAUGCCAGAGAGAAAGCACCUUCACAAGUAUUUUUUGUAGAUAACAAUUCCUUUCAUUUAUUAGAAAAUGCUCUGAGAAAUGAGCUCAUAUCCUGGCUGUCGACAGAGGGACCAUCUUUUUCUCAAUUGCUUUUGGCGAAUUUGAGAAUAUCUAUGUUUACAUUUUAACAAAAUUGUUUACCAAAUUAGAAUUAUCGUAAGCGAAAAUGAAAAUUGUGCUGUUUUACGUUCUUGUAUGCGUGAAAAUCGUCUUUUGUUGCAAACUAUUUAUAUUCUUUUCGUGUAUCUAUAAAUAUAAUUACUGGCUGAUCUCAUAUUGGAGAUUGAUUUUAGGCUCUAAUAAUUUCGUGUAAAUUGCUUCAGAUGUUCGCGACUUGGUCUGAAGUAAAUGUACUCUCUUGAUUUUAAUAAUUAAUAGUAUUAUUGUAUGUGACUGAUCGAACAACGCACACUAAAAAGAAUGACAUCUACCACUCAAUCCCGAAACUUUGAGAAUAAUAAAAAACAAUUUUGAUUCUGUUUGGUUAAAUUAGUAUUUUUUAAAUUUGUUUGACCUAUUUGGCAAAUAAUUUCGCUUAUUUUACUCCACUUUUCAAGCAAAGAGCAAGAUUUCAUGUCAACUGAAGUUU